GUGUUCAACAAUUUCCAUAACCAUCUUGCUUAAAUUUUCCAUUUGAACACCGGACCGUCUUAUCUCAUCGCUUGUACUCAUCGUCCAAACGUUCUAAAAAUAUCUAAAACCCUCAGAAACCCCAGCCUCUUGGCCUCUACCUCAAUCCACAAACGCAGCUAAUCUCCACACGCCUAUGGCUUCAAUAUCACUGGACGUAGCCUCGACUUUCCUCUCCUUCACUUCUCGCAAUCAAACCCCUCUUUCCAGAAUCCGCACAGCAGUACUUCCUCUUUUCUUAAAGGACCACCAAUCCUUAUCCCUCAAAUCCACUCGCUCGUUUCACUCUCGGAUUGUCGCUCUCGGUUUCUCCAAACCCACUUCCAAUUUCCGUCGCAGGUUCACCGUCUCUGCCGCCUCCUCCACCACCGCUGCUCCCCAGAGUGAGGAUUCCGAUUUGACCACUAAGAUUCCACCUGAUAAUCGGAUUCCGGCUACUAUUAUUACCGGGUUUUUGGGGUCUGGGAAGACAACAUUACUUAACCAUAUAUUGACCGCAGACCACGGGAAGCGCAUAGCAGUUAUUGAGAAUGAGUAUGGUGAAGUUGACAUAGAUGGUUCUCUAGUUGCUGCAAAAACUACUGGAGCCGAGGACAUUAUUAUGCUGAAUAAUGGCUGUUUGUGCUGCACAGUGAGAGGUGAUCUUGUGAGGAUGAUCUCAGAACUAGUUGCUAAGAAGAAAGGGAAAUUCGACCAUAUUGUAAUAGAGACUACAGGUCUUGCAAAUCCAGCACCAAUCAUUCAGACUUUUUAUGCUGAGGAUACGAUUUUUAAUGAUGUCAAGUUGGAUGGAGUUGUCACUUUGGUUGAUGCUAAACAUGCUGCUUUCCAUCUGGAUGAGGUUAAGCCCAAGGGAGUUGUCAAUGAGGCUGUGGAGCAAAUUGCUUAUGCUGAUCGGAUCGUAGUGAAUAAAACUGAUCUUGUUGGUGAGAAAGAAGUUUCUUCUUUGGUGCAGCGGAUAAGGAACAUCAACGGCAUGGCCAAUUUGAAGCGGACACAGUUUGGAAAAGUUGACCUGGAUUAUGUCCUUGGCAUUGGAGGCUUUGAUUUGGAGAGGAUUGAGAGUGCUGUCGAUGCAGAUGGUGGAAAGGAAGAUCAUGACAGUCAUGACCAUGACCAUGAACACGACCACCACCAUCACCACCAUGAACAUGAUCACCAUCAUGAACAUCAUGAUGGUCAUCAUUCCCAUGAUCACGUUCAUGAUCCUGGUGUUUCUUCUGUCAGCAUAGUUUGUGAAGGGAACUUAGAUUUAGAGAAGGCUAACAUGUGGCUUGGUACUUUGUUGCUGGAACGUAGUGAGGACAUAUACCGGAUGAAAGGUCUUUUAUCUGUUGAAGGCAUGGAUGAGAGAUUUGUGUUUCAGGGUGUUCAUGACAUAUUCCAAGGCUCACCAGAUCGGCUAUGGGGCCCAGACGAACCUAGAAUAAACAAGAUCGUCUUCAUAGGGAAGAAUUUGGACACACAGGAAAUAGAAAAAGGCUUCAAAGCCUGUUUGCUUUGAUUACUUACACAAGUCUUCAUUCUAUAGAGGGUCUGACAAAUGACACGGAUUAAAAUGAUCAUGGAUAUGCAAAUGGUUUUUACAAGGAACGAUAUACUCUCAAUAUUAAGAAUAUAAAGAUGAGUUACUAGUA